GUGCGAUCUAUCUGCCAUAACUUGGCUUGCUUUUUGGGAGAUGAUACAUUUACACGUUUAUAUGCCUAAGUUCUAAGUUCUAACUAUAUAUACACAAGUUUGUACAUAACUACAAAUGUAUGUAUGCACAUAUUGUUUUUAACAGAAAUGUCUGUAGACAAGAAAUGGUUUGUUCUAGCUCUCUUUUUUGUGUUAACUCUUUCACACGAAACAGAUGGAUUUGAGUGGUGCGUUGCUAAUGAGCAGGCUCCAGAUGGUGCGCUGCAAGUAGCUUUGGACUGGGCCUGUGGCAGAGGAAGUGCCAACUGCAGCAAGAUUCAGUUGGGCCAGGCCUGCUUCAUUCCAAACACUUUGAGGGCCCAUGCUUCUUAUGCCUUCAACAAUUACUUCCAAAAAUUCAAGCACAUGGGUGCUACAUGCUCCUUUAAUGGUGCUGCUAUUGCCACUGAUCUUGAUCCCAGCCAUGAGUCUUGCCACUACGAGCUUACACUGAACUAAAGAAGGGUUGUCAAUUUUGAGUGGCCGAUUAGCAUGAACAUUUAAGUCCUUAUUGUUACAUUCAAGACUUUCAUCCAGCAAGUGAUUAUCUUUUUCUUUUAGUUGUUGGAGAGAUAACAAUUAAAUUAUCCUCUUAAUAUUAUAAACUUGAUGUUUGGAAUAUUUGUUUACAGUAUCUAUAUUUAUACAUAUAUUUUAAAAUUUUC